AUGAAAGUUAUUCUACUACUUUCGCUAGUUCUCUGCGUUGCUUUUGCCUAUGUGACACGAGUGGCCGAAGAUAAUGAUAAACCUCCAUUUUGCGACGUCUGCUUAAAUCUAGUCAAAGAGCUGAAAGAAGCUCUGAAAGGGGGAAAACAAUUAAAGGAGGUUGCUCAUAAAUUCUGCAGCGAAAAAAUGCCAGAUUAUCUUAUAGCAGUAUGCCACAUAGAAGUGGAUAGAUACUGGAAGAAAAUCAUGGAAUUAAUAGAGGUGGGCUUCAGCAAGUAUGCCAAAAAACCAAGCAAAAAAACAACUUUCACUCUUUUGAAAAGAUGAAA